GAUCCAUUGGAAUACACAUCACCUCCACGCAUACAUAACAAGCGCUCAUCCAAAACCGCAUCGCCGAGCACAGCAACUUACAGAUGACAACCGCAACAGAACGUAAAAAAGCCGAAACAGAGGCAAAAGCAACAGCAGCGGAGCCGGAGCCCAGCGAACAAGCUGGAGCCGCUGGCGAAGAGGGCGGCGAGGGUGACUCUGCUCGCUGCCCCAUCUGCCAAUUCAUCGAGGCUGGCGAAUGCGGGGGUGUGCACAAGGAGUGGGUGGCCUGCCGGGAGGAGGCAAAGGCCGCGGGCAAGGACUAUAUUGACGAGUGUCAGGACAAGUUCAAGUCGUUCCUGCAAUGCGCGGUGACGCACCGAGACUACUACGAGCCCUUCCUGGAGAUGCUUGGCGGAGUGCCCGACCCAGAUGAAGAGGAAGAGGAGGCGGCGGCGGCGGCAGGAGGAGGAGGAGGGGAGGCAGGAGAGGGGCAAGGCAAGCCUGGCACAGCAGCAGGGGCGGCGGCGGCAACGGCACCUGCGGUGGGCACGGCGGGGGGUCCCGCCGGGAAGGCGGCGGCGGGCGGGGCGGUAGGAGCAGGGCAAGGGAGUUGAAAGGGCGGGGGCGGUGAUGGUGCACGAGGGGGCGGGCGAGCGCUUGGUGUGCUGCGAGAGGACCGUAAGAGGGUGAUGAGAUCUGGUCUUGUGUGUGUGUGCGUGUUAGUGUGUCUGCAGGUGCGUGUGUGGGGUGGGUGGCAGCAUCGAGGGCGGAGCGGGGCCGAGGAAGUGUAUGUGGCAGAGUGGCAGUGGGCACAGUGGUAGUGGGCACAGUCAGGCAGUGGCGAGGCCGUGACGACCAUUAAGACGUAUAGGAGAUGCGUAAGGGAACGAAAUGCGUACGAUGCCAUGCAGGAGCUCAUAAGGCCUGCUGGGCGCAUGGGCGCAUGCGGGCGUAUGGGCUCCUUUUCCAUGCAACACUUCCGCAACACUCGUCAUAUGCAGGGCUGAUGUGAAAACUGGGCAGGUGGUGAGCGGACUUAACUGAGAGUUAGCUGGGCAGUGUAUGUUUAGUAAACGACCAAGUGAACAUGAGAGCGUGUGGGCGUGUGGUGGCCGGGGUGGGCUUUGGGCUCGAGUUGAGCGGGUUUAGCUUGCGUCGUGGAACUUAUUCGUAGCAAGCACGGCCGCCCGUGGUUGCAGUGGCAAUUGUGGCGCCGGAGGGUGCGCGGCGUGUGUCUGUGGGGUGGGCGGGGUCGUGGAGGAACAAGGAGUUGCUGCUGGAACCACUCCUGGCCCCACCCCGGGAAAACUGCGAAAGCCCUGAUCAGGUUGCUGGCGUGCCGCCAAAGGAACUCGUCUGCAGCGUGGCGCCGGGCUGUGAGCUCGGUAGCAAAGUCGGGGACCCUUCAAGGGCUGCAGCGGAUUGAAGUCGCGGUUCAUAUUGAAAGGGAAUGACGUUUGAUGCCACUCGGGCUGGCCUGAUUGAACUCCACUACC